AUGAAGAGUCUUGCUGUUCAGAGCUUGUCUGUUGGUGACUCAGGCAUUACUGCUGGGGAAGGUUGGGCAUCGGCUCCGGCGGAGGUUCCCAAUGAUAUUAAGAAAAGUGGUUCUGACUCUGAUAUUACUUCGAAUACCUUAACGGGACAGACUCGUAACAUGGCUGAAGCAUUGCUGCAGCCUCCUAGAACUGGUGCAUUUCCUCAGGGAUAUUCAAUGAUAAAAAGACUUGAGGACCAAGCUCUUAAGCUAAUACCGGUUGUGCCUUCUGCACCAAAGGGCUCAGUUUCCAUGACCAAACCAAUGGUUCGAAGUGGUGCAGUUGGUCUUGCUUCUUUUAGAAAUACCCACAAGCAUUCCUCGAUGCUGCUAGGCAAUAUUCAUUCUAAUUAUGGUAAGCCUGAUAGUACUAAGAAGCUGGUAAUUCUCAACCCUGCGGUCAAAGAAUCUGGAGGUCCAAGUCGUAUAACCAACAGCGUGGCAGCUGGUUUCCAGAUGAUCGCUGCUCCAUCUGCGCCAUUCAUUACUUCUGUGGCUCAAACGCAGAGCAGGAAAGCGUUUUACAGUGCUUUGAAGAAGAAGACAUCUACAAACAUCUCAACUAGCUCUUGCAUCUUCCCUUCUGUCGAAGAAAAAUCAGACAUCUCUAAGGAGCUUGUAGCUAGUAACCCUUCAAGUGUGCAUGCUGCAGAAAGAGAUGGUGGUUUUGAACCGGCAGACCUUCCAGAUGAAGAAGAGGCUGAGUUCCUUAAAUCCCUUGGGUGGGACGAAAACAAUACUGAGGUAGAAGCCCUUACAGACGAGGAGAUCAGAGCUUUCUAUGAACAGCACAAGAAGUUGAAGCCAUCACUGAUGAAAAAGCUGCCUAUCAUUAAAGAGGCAACUGAGGACGCAACUCCCAGCUCGUGAUCCGAUUUUUAAGAUAGUUUUCUCAUUUCUCUUUCCUUACUUUGGUGGUGGGGGAGGCUUCAGUUGCACUAUGAGUGUUGUUCUACUUCUUCAGAAAAGCAACAAAAUUGAGUAUUUGUACAUCUUUUGGUCUGAAGAUAGAGAGUGGUUUUGUUUUGAAAGCUUCCUUAGGUUUCU